GUGGAAAUAAUGUCGACGGCGAACAACGGCGAUUUUAGCUUCGCCACCGGUGGGAAAGGCCUGAAAGGCCUUGCGAAGAUCCAGACGCAGAAGACGAAGGAGGAUGAGAUCUGCCAUGACGACAGCGCGCAGCCGGUGAAGGCUAGGACGCUGGACGAGUUGCAUUCGCUGCAGAAGAAGAAGUCGGCUCCGACCACUCCACUCACGGCGACUAACACCCCCUUCGCCGCGGCCGUCUCCGAAGAAGAACGCCACAAACAGCAGCUGCACUCCAUAAGCGCAUCAUUGGCAUCCCUAACUAGGGAAACCGGGCCCAAUGUGGUGAAAGGAGAUCCAGCAAAGACAACGCCGGAGACUCCACGGGUGUCUCAUGACUCACACGUGACCCAUCACCACCAUUACGAACCAACUUUCAACACUACCGACAGUUCCCUCAAGUUUACCCACAUCCUCUACAAUCUUUCACCUGCAGAGCUUUAUGAGCAAGCGUUAAAGCAUGAGAAAGGUUCAUUCAUCACGGCCAGUGGUGCACUGGCUACAUUGUCGGGAGCCAAAACGGGCCGAUCCCCUAGGGACAAGCGUGUUGUCAAGGAUGAGGCAAGCAAUGAUCUUUGGUGGGGAAAGGGCUCACCCAAUAUUGAAAUGGACGAACAUACUUUCUUGAUCAACAGGGAAAGAGCUGUGGAUUAUCUCUGCUCGUUAGAAAAAGUUUAUGUGAAUGAUCAGUUUCUCAAUUGGGACCCAAACAACCGCAUCAAAGUUCGGAUUGUUUCCGCAAGAGCUUAUCACUCCUUGUUCAUGCACAAUAUGUGUAUCCGACCCACACCUGAAGAGCUGGAGAAUUUUGGUACUCCAGACUUUACUAUAUACAAUGCCGGUCAGUUCCCAUGUAACCGUUACACCCACUAUAUGACAUCCUCCACUAGCAUAGACCUCAAUCUCUCUAGGCGGGAAAUGGUCAUCCUUGGCACACAGUAUGCUGGGGAAAUGAAGAAAGGUCUGUUUGGCGUAAUGCACUAUCUGAUGCCUAAGCGUCAAAUCUUAUCUCUUCACUCUGGGUGCAAUAUGGGAAAAGAUGGAGAUGUUGCUCUCUUCUUUGGAUUAUCAGGUACGGGAAAGACGACCCUGUCUACAGACCAUAAUAGGUACCUCAUAGGAGAUGAUGAACACUGUUGGAGUGAUUGUGGUGUAUCAAACAUUGAGGGAGGUUGCUAUGCAAAAUGCAUUGACCUCUCCAGGGAAAAGGAGCCUGAUAUCUGGAAUGCUAUCAAGUUUGGUACAGUCCUAGAAAAUGUGGUUUUUGAUGAACAUACUCGAGAAGUGGAUUAUUCGGAUAAAUCUGUAACAGAGAACACUCGGGCAGCAUAUCCGAUAGAAUACAUUCCAAACGCUAAAAUUCCAUGUGUUGGUCCUCAUCCAAAAAAUGUCAUUCUUUUAGCUUGCGAUGCCUUUGGUGUGCUACCACCAGUGAGCAAAUUGAGUUUGGCUCAAACAAUGUACCACUUCAUCAGCGGUUACACGGCAUUGGUGGCUGGAACCGAGGAUGGUAUAAAGGAGCCUACUGCAACAUUUUCUGCAUGCUUUGGUGCAGCGUUUAUUAUGUUCCAUCCCACAAAGUAUGCAGCUAUGCUAUCUGAAAAAAUGCAGAAACACGGUGCAACCGGAUGGCUUGUCAACACUGGCUGGUCAGGUGGAAGAUAUGGAUCUGGCAGCCGCAUAAAGUUGGCAUACACCAGGAAGAUCAUUGAUGCCAUUCACUCGGGGAAACUGUCAGAGGCAAAUUACACAAAGACGGAGGUGUUUGGGCUGGAGAUCCCUACAGAGUUAGAAGGGCUGCCUUCUGAAAUCUUGAACCCCAUCAACACUUGGCCUAACAAGGAUGAAUACAAUACAACCCUGCUGAAGCUUGGAGGGCUGUUCAAGAAAAACUUUGAGGUAUUCUUGAACUACAAAAUUGGGUCCGACAACAGCCUGACUGAGGAGAUCUUGGCAGCCGGGCCAAACUUCUAAGUGCUAUGUAUCUGGCCACAGAUUGCUAAAGAUGAUGACGAAAGAAAUGAUCAAUAAAUGAAUUUGUAUGAGACUUAUGUACUAGAAAGGGUAUACAGGUAUAUUAAAAAAAUUGUGCAACUCUAUGUGCUGGCUGAACAAGUAAAUUUCACGUCUCUCUAGUGUAUCCUUACCAUAUUAUGAUAUUGAAUGAAUGUCAACAAUUUGUUGCAUAAACAACACUUUCUUAUAUGAAUGAUGUAGAGGGGAUGAGGUUUAUUAUUAUAGGAUAA